UUCAGAAUCACACAGUAGACAGACAGCAUGCAGGGAGUUUUCUGUGCUAUUAUAUGAAAGAUAUUUACUGCAAAUAUUUUCGAGACUGCACAAAAGUACUAAAGUAGGGAUUUCUUGACAGGUAAUGGCAGGAUCACAGACCGGUUUCGAUGGCUUCGUUCUCGGCAUGGAUCUGGGCACCACAUCGGUGAAAGUGGUGCUGCUGGAAGCGCAGUCAAAGACGGUGACAGAGAGCAGGAGCUUCACUACAAACGCUGAUAUCAGCAGAAGCACACACACACAUGCCAAAGAGCAGGAUCCUGCACUAAUAAUUGCGGCUCUGGACCAGUGCAUGGAUGCUUUACCUAAAGACAAGCUGAAAAAAGUCAAGUGCGUUGGAGUAUGUGGACAAAUGCAUGGCAUUAUGUUGUGGAAAUCUAACUCAGGCUGUGAAUGGCAGAGUAAAGAUGGCAUCACUACAUUCAGUCCCAAAGACGUCAGUCAGCUGAUCACAUGGCAGGACGGGCGCUGCGGCACUGAUUUCUUGUCAGCUUUACCUAAACCAGAUUCACACCUGAGUGUGGCCACCGGCUUCGGCUGUGCCACAGUCUUCUGGUUUAUGAAAAACAGGCCGGAGUUCCUGUCAGGCUUCAGUGAUGCAGGAACCAUCCAAGACUAUGUGGUUUCCAUGUUGUGCAGCCUUGACAAGUGUGUGAUGACUGGACAAAACGCUGCCAGCUGGGGCUACUUCAACACAGCUGCCAACCAAUGGAACACACACAUUCUGAAGGAUGCAGGUUUCCCUGUGCACCUCUUGCCUGUGCUGGUGGAUUCAGGACAUGUGGCUGGUCAGACUUCCUGUGAAUGGUACGGCAUUCCUGCUCACACAGCGGUCGGGGCGGCACUAGGAGACUUCCAGUGUAGUGUGUACUCCUGCAUGACUGACAGAGGACAAGCAGUGUUGAAUAUGAGUACUUCUGCCCAGUUGACGUUCAGGAUGCCAGCUGAAUUCACUCCUACCAGUUCUCCAGACCCGCUCUCGCCCAUCGCUUAUUUCCCAUACUUUGACGGAUCAUAUCUAGCGGUGGCCGCAUCACUUAACGGAGGCAAUGUCAUGGCCACUUUCGUCAGAAUGCUGGACUCGUGGAUGAAAGAAUUUGGACUGGAAGUAAGUGAGUCCAGAAUCUACUCUCAGCUCAUCCAUUCUGCUCUGGCCCAGCCAAACACUGACCUAACUGUGACAUCAACACUACUAGGAGAACGUCAUGACCCGUCCAGCAGUGCCAGCGUCUCCCAGAUCUCAUCCUCAAACCUGUCUCUGGGUCACGUGACCCGGGCUGUGUGCAGGGGUAUUAUUGAAAACCUGGCCACUAUGAUGCCCCCUCAGAGCCUGCGGGCUGCUGGCGUGCACUGUAUUAUCGGCAGUGGCAGCGCUCUGUCAUGUAACGCAGUUCUGCAACAGGAAGUGGAGAGAGUGUUUCCAUUUUCUGUAGUCUAUGGGAAAGAUGUGGACUCAGCAGUUGGAGUUGCCAUGGUGAUAAGUGACCAAACAUGACACAAGAACCAACCCUCAAGGCUGUAAUGCCCUCUGGUAGGGCUCAUUUUCUGGAUUCAUCUUCAUAAUUGAGUGCUUUUAAGGGGAUUGUUUACAAAUUUCUAAAAUGUUGUUAAAUUUCUCACCCUCAGGUUAUCCAAGAUUCCUGUUUUUUUAGAGUAGAACAUUAAACUACAUAUUCAGCUGUAACUGUGGUCAAUAGCUAUAUUUCCAUCCACCUAUUAUUUUGCACAUUUUGGAUAUGUGCAUUAAAAAACGGUUGAUGUAAACACCAAGAUGUGCAUAAAUUUAAAAAAUGUGCAUAAAACAUGCGCAUAAUUGAGUAGGAUAAACUUUUUAAUCAAUAAGAGAAGAUCCGCAUAAAUAAAAUGGAAACACUUUUACCGACAAAAUUCCAGUAUGUGCAUUAAAAAGGUCAUGUGAUUUUGUUAUAGGAGAUCAUGUGAUGAUAAAAAUGUGUGUGAAUGAAUAAACCAGCAGGCUGAGCACACUGUAAAACAUCUGAAAUGUUGUUUUGGUCAUUCUAAAAUGCCUUUACCAUUUCAGUAUUAGUGUUAUUAUAUUAUUAAUUAUCUCCAGAAUAAUCAAGAGCGUCUGCGCUCCGCGUCUCAUACCUUCAAACGUCCCCUCAUUGCGUGUAAGGAUUUUCUUUCUGAGGCACAGGUCCUUUAUUAAAUGAAGAAAAGAUUCACACAGCUUCUCCUACUUCAGUAAAUUCCAUUUAUACUGUUGAUAUUUGGUGACAGAUAAUCAGGAAGUGGCGUUUUUGUUCGCUUUGUCUACUUGGAUGGAAACGCUGCUUUAUUGGCACGUCUUUUAUUUUAUUAUAUUCCAGUUUUGUGCAUAAAUUGAAUUCGCAUUUUUGAUUGGAAACAUUUCUACUGGUGAUUGAUCAAAUCAACCCUAAUUACUUUGAGAGUAGAAAACAUAUACAGGUAUACAGGGAAAACACAAAAUUAAUUCUUGUGGCUUCUAACGAUCCAUUGAGGUCUUAUAAAGUGAAAGACUGUAAUCUGUCAGUGCAAGAAACUGAACAACUCUCCAAAUGGUCCUGAGAA